AUGGAAAAUCUUCUCAAAGUGACUCUAAGUCAAACAUCUUCAGAAAUUCUCAAACAAAUAAUUGAAAAUAGGGAGAAAAUUAUUUUAACUGAAGGAACUUUGGGACAACUUCAGUCAUUAAUAAAUCUCAGUAAUGAAAACAUCGAUGAAGUGAAACAACUAUUGAUGGGAUUUAAUGAUCAUUUGUCUAACAUUUAUAGCAUUCUCUCGCUCCUACUUCAACCAGCAUCACCAGAUAAAAGACAAAAAGUCAAUUCUGUUAUUUACACAAUUCAACAAAGUCAGGAUACAAUAAAGAAGAGAAUUGAUGUUACAAAUUAA